AUGCUUUUCGGGAUGUUCUUCGCCUUUUGGCGAUUCUGCGAAAUCAUAACUUUGAUUCCAACGUUAGGAAUGCUCGCAUUCUUCGUCAAUAUUUACGCAUCUAAUAAUGCCCUCACACCAAAUUACAUCCUAGUACUCUUCAUCGUCUCAGUGCUCGCCUGCGCCUGGGCCAUCGCAACCCUCUUCACCUACCACCGCGCGCGCUCCAACGCCCUCUUCGUCGCCUUCAUCGAUCUCUGUUUCGUAGGAGCCUUUAUCGCAAGCGUCUACGAGCUCCGCCUCAUCACCAACUACAACUGUUCAUCGCUCACCAGCUCCCCCGGUUACUACAUCAAUUUUGGCGCAUUCGGCAACGCUAAUGUUAAUGGUGUGAGUGUUAAAUUUGAUAAAACGUGCGCGAUGCUUAAAGCCUGUUUUGCCUUUGGUAUCAUGAAUUGUAUCUUCUUUUUUAUUACGAGUUUGUUGGCUUGUAUGGUGGGGAGGGGUCACGAGAGACAGGGACGCAGAGAUGAGAAGGUUUAUGUGCGGGAAACUCAUGUUACUAGACAUGGUCAUCGCAGAAGUGGGAGUCGUAGGAGUAGGAGGAGUUCGCAUCGUAGAAAUUAUGUUUAA